AUGGGUGUAGACACGAGCGAGAGGACGAAGGAGAUCGAGGAGCCGCCGCAGCAGCAGCAGCACGCCGAGAAGCCGGCGAUUUCAUUCGAGGAUCUGGACGGGCAGGCGCAGGCCGAGGCAUUACACCAACUCAUCAGGAAGAGCUGUAUCGAGAUGGCGCUGAAUCGCGUGGACGGGGACGACGAGCUCUACGUCGGCGGCAUCUGGGCCCUCCGCCGCCCCUCGGCCCUCAAGGAGCGCAACAUCACCCACAUCCUCUCCGUGGUGCGCUUCGAUCCCCUCGGCCUCAAGAGCGAGACCGACACCUGGGAGAACUACGGCAAGAACUACAAGCACAUGAUCAUCGACAUCGACGACGUCGAGGACUCGGAUCUUCUGGUCCACCUCCCCCAGGCCGUCAGGUUCAUCGACGAGGCGCUGUACCCCGGCGAAGCAGCAGCCAAACGUGCUUCGACGAAGGAUGACGACGACGACGAGCAGAGAGACAAGAACUUCAAGCAAAAGGUGAACACGCUCAAAAAAGCCGUCGAACACGACGCGAACGCCUCGGAAAGCGACGAAGACGCAAUCACACCCGCCGCUGCCGCCCCGGCCCCACCGCCCGAGUUCAAGGACCUGACCCUCGAGACGGACGAGAACCGCCCGCCGGCCGUCUACGUCCACUGCGCGAUGGGCAAGUCGCGCUCCGUGUCCGUGGUCGUGGCGUACCUGCUGUGGAAGCACCCCUCGCGGUUCGGACGGUCCGCGGCGUCGACGCUUGCGGCGCGGAAGACGCAGAAGCUCGACGAAAAGACCUCGGAACGCGCGCGGGUCGCGGUCGAGGAGGCCGUGAGGUGGGUGCGCAGGACGCGCGAGAUCGCGGAGCCGAACCCGGGGUUCGCGCGGCAGCUCGAGAUGUGGUGGGCCAUGGGGUGCCCGGAGGAUGUGGAGGGGCAUCCGGUGUACCGGCGGUGGGCUUUCCAGCGGGAGAUCGACGAGAGUCUGGCGGCGGGGCAGGCGCCUUCGAGGUUGCGGUUCGAGGACGAGGAGGUCGGGGAGGGCGAGGGGGGCGGUGCGGUGCAGGGGAAGGAGUUGAGGUGUAAGAAGUGCAGACGGACGCUGGCGACGCCGCGGUUCGUGCUGGAGCAUGAGCCCGAGGGGCAGAAGUCGAAGCAGCAGCAGGCUUGCGGGCACUGGUUCGUGGAACCUCUGAGUUGGAUGAGGGAGGAGCUGGAGAAGGGGGCGCUCGAGGGACGGCUGUGUUGUCCCAACGCCAAGUGCGGCGCUGCCGUCGGACGGUAUAGUUGGAAGGGGUUUCGGUGCAGUUGCGGCGGGUGGGUUACGCCGGGGUUCAGUCUGCAGCGGGCCCGGGUUGACGAGGUUGCUGCGCGGGUGACGAGCGCCGCGGGGAUGGCUAGCUUGGGGAUUAGGAUGCCGCCUGGCACUGGACGGCUGUGA